ACAAGCAUAUGUGUUUCUCUUUAUAUUCGUGAACAAUUUACAAAGCAGAAAAAUGAAUCCGGAUCCGGAUAAAAAUAUUAAGAAAUUGCAUAAACUUUUUGGCGUUUCUCGUGCAAUACAAAAACAAACUUCAAGACGCAUAAGCGUCGUUGAUCAGGAGCGUGAAGAGAUAGAAAGAAAGCGCUUACAAUACUUCAAAGAACUACGUCAGCAACGUCUUUCUAGUCUUGGAGCGAAUGAAAGGUAUGUACUCGAAAUAUGUGCGGAUGUAAUGGGAGUGGAUAUCGAUGAGCUUAUAGCAGGCCUUAUUGAUAAAAUCUCAUAUACCGAUUCAUUGCUAUCAUUGUUUAGUGAAAAGGGCCAACGUGCUUGCAUGAUUAGUUAUGCUGAUAUGUUUGGUUAUCCAACACGUUCGGGACGAGCAAAUCCUAAAACUAAAUAUUCGCCUAUAAAACGUACGGUCUGUUUACCACCAGACCGUAUCAUACUCAAAGGAAAAUGGUUGGUGGUUUAUCGCAACAAUAAUAAUAAAAAUGUGGAAAAUCGUUUGGUCUCUGACGAAGUAGGCAUGUUUAUACUAGAUGCGAGAAAACCAGAUAGUUGUCUAUUAGUUGUGAAAAAUUUCUUAGAUGACAUUUUAACGAAAUCAGUAGAAUCGGUUACUGAUUUUGGUGUAGCCGAAUCACAACAAAAAGAAAAAUUCUUCCAUAUUUUAGAUAUGUUUAAUACUUUUAUGCGAUCUUCAGAGCGAACAGUAUCCACACGUGUAAGAUUUGAUGUCAACCACGAUCUAUUUAAGGGACGACUGUUAGUUAGAUUUCAAAUUUUAAAUACCUCUAAAGAUAUGGAACGUGUACGUACAGUUGAAAAAUAUUUUUCACAAUGGAUGAAACAGAUACAAGCUAUACUAACUGAAGGUCAACAAAUAUUACGAGAUACUCCCGAUGUGGGGCCCUUACAGAUGCUUGUUAAUUGGCGUCGUAUGUUGGCUCGUUAUACAUCAAUUACCGAAUUUGUAGCGAGUAAGGCGUUUGUUAAUCACAAGAUGUGCCUCACUCUCUCACGUGCUUCAAAGCUUUUAAAGAAAUGGGCGGAAAUAGAUAACUUAGUUACUAUUGCGCUCAAUGAGGCAAAGGACAAUGUGCGUUAUAUUACAUCUUUACAAAAAUUCUGGGAUCCACUCUAUAGAUCCAAUCCUGUUGAAAUAACAAAUAGCUUACCAGGUCUAAUGGUUGCUAUUCGAAAUGUUUCGAAAACAGCACAUUAUUUUAAUACUCCUAUUAACGUUACUGGUCUAUUUGUUAAGAUCUCAAACCAGUUAACGAUAACAAGUAAGAAUUUCCUAACUGAAAAUGGCACUGUAUCCAUUUGGCGUGUAGAUCCCAAGAUUAUCAUUGAACGAAUAGAAAAAUGUAAUGAAAUAAUAGAAUUUUACAAAAAAGUAUAUGAAGGGACAGUCGAAGAUAUGGCGAAUGCAAAAGAAAAUCCUUGGAAAGUCUCUUCUGUAUACAUAUUUACAUGUGUAGAUUUCUUUUUGGAACGACUUUCUAAAGUUAAAGUUAUAUUCAAUACCGAAAUUACUUAUUCGGUAUUGGAUCGAAUAUGCAUAAGCGGUAUGGAGAAAUUCAAUGCACAAAUAAAGGCAGCGCGGGCAGCAAUGAAUGUGAAGCCCUACGAUCCGUUAAAUUAUCGUUCUGAUCUGUUUGAUAAAGAUUUUAAAAUUUAUAUGCGAGAUAUAGAACAAGCUGAAAUCGGUAUGCAGCAGUAUGUGAAAUUUUUAAUGACUGGUGUGCCCGUGACUGAUGCCUUGUUACUGAUAUUGCAGCGUUUUGAAAAAUUGAAUUUGGAUUGCUUAUGCUUGGAUCGUAGAUAUUUGGAAGUGGCAGAAAUGUUAGAGCAGGAAAUGAUAAAUCUUAAAGAUGUAUAUAAUGAAGAACGUGGAUGUCCGUUUUUACCGAGAAAUAUGCCACCUGUGGCUGGACGUAUACUUUGGAUACGAUCAAUUUUUAAAAAAAUUGAUGAACCAAUGAAAAUUUUAAAAGUGAGACCAUGCGUACUUGGACAUCGAAAAGCUCAGCGUACUGUACGUUACUAUAACUAUAUGAAUGGUAUUAUAUGCCACUACGAAAUGACUUAUCAUAAGGCCUGGUAUGACUAUGCUGAAGAGGUGCGGUGCUUGAUAAAUGCACCUGUUCUAAUUUGUAAGAGCGAAGAUGCUGAAUACAGUGUAACACUCGAUAAUGCAAUUGUACAAUUAAUUGAAGAAACCCAAUGGAUGCUGAAAAUGAAUUUAACGGUACCCAAUAUUGCUAGCGUUAUCACAUAUUGCAAGAAACACUUAUUAAAUAUGGGCGCAGCAUUGCAAAUUGCAUUAGAUGAUUUCGAUAAGUUGCGUACAUCAAUUAGUUCAGUCUUUAUAAACAUAAUGCGUUUUCGAUUACAAGAAAUAAUACUUCUAUUAAAGCCUGGCUUAUCAAGAAUCACUUGGAUUUCUGAGAAUCUUGAGGAUUUUAUAGCAGCAGCGCAAAAGAGAAUAACACAAGUUGCAACUUUUUAUAAAUAUGUAACCAGUAUUGAUGAGAUACGUGUUUCUAGAGAGAUUGAGUAUUUAACACGUUUUUUAUAUGUCUAUAUGCCCCCAGCACCCGUACUUUCAGAAGUUUUUUUGGACGAAAGCAAUAAGCUCAGACAGGAAUUAGAGUUGGAAUUGGAAAAAACAUCAAUAUGUCUGGAACGUGCCGUGGUCGAUUUAAUUAAUAUGUUUGUUGAAUUGCUGAAUUUUGGUCCAAUUGAUUCAAAAGGACGACGCGUCUAUCAGCUGCCAGCAGAAAAGAUUAAUGACAAUAAUUGGCGUGUAGAAAGCGCUCUGCCAGUUGAUAAAUGGGAUUGGAUACAAUUUCAUAAAAUAUAUCGUACAAUUUACUUAGCACCGGACGAUAUACUAAAAUCGAUGCAGUUCAAGAAUUAUGAAACUUUAAGAUACGAAUUAUAUCAUUUACGAAAUGAUUGUAUGGAUCUAUUUUCCUUUUAUAACUCAAAAAUGAUACAAGCGCUUGUAACAUGCUCAAAAAGAUCGUUAGAUUUUAUACGACAUAAUAUCUUAAAAUCUAAUUACCGUACAUUCAAUCAAAACCCAAUUCUAUACACUGAUUUGUAUCUGGAUUUUGUUAAUGGAUGUACUAUUGAUCCAUCGUUGGAACUGAUGCAACAACAUUUUUAUGCAGCAGUACAAGUUUGUACCGAAAUUAACUACUUCGUUUCUACUUGGGGUAAACAAGCCAAGACCUAUGAGAGAAGACUGCGUAGAGUAACAAUAGAUGAAAAUCGAUAUGACCGCAACUUUUACCGCUAUGUAAUAGAACAUAAGGAUGUGCAAAGAGCUAUACAAAAUAUAGCUUCUGGUCUUAUGUUGUAUAAGAAUGAUAUUGACCAAUAUUUACAUAACUUUUACAAUAAAUAUAAGUACUUGUGGUCCGAUGAACGUGAGAACAUCAUACAAGCUUUUGUAGACACACUUCCUUUGACUAUAGAUAUACGUGAUAAAUUUGAAUACUACGAUAAAAUAACUAGUGAUAUUGAGAAAAUGAAAUUAACCAGAACAAUUGGACCAAUUGAAAUACGCGUCGAUAAGGCUGUGGAACGUUUCAUUGCAGAAUCGAAAAAGUGGAAGACAAUGCUUGGUCAGUUGCUAAGUGCGCAGUAUAAAAAGCAACUUGAUGAAAUGGUUGACUUUAUUUCGGAAAUGGAGAGUAUAUUAAGCAAACCUAUAAAUGACUUAGAUGACGUACGUUUGGCCAUGAACUGUUUGGAAAAAAUCCGAGAUAAAUAUAUAUCUAUGGAUAUAGCCUUAAAUCUUAUAGUUGAUACAUAUGCACUGUUCUCUCAAUAUAAUAUUUUUAUACCACAGGAAGAUUAUGAUAAAGUUGAAGGUCUACAACUAUCAUUUAAUAAAAUGUUGGAAAAUGCUAAAAAAGUAUCAGACCGUAUUUCGGAAAUGGAAGGACCACUCUUAAAAGAACUUAACGAAGGCAUCGCAAUUUUCGUCCAAGAGUUCGACCAAUUUAAUAUUGAUUUUGAACUUAAUGGUCCUAUGGUUGAAGGUAUUUCAGCUAAGGAAGCUAGUGAUCGUGUAUUCAUUUUUCAAAAUCGUUUUGAUGAACUCUGGCGUAAAUACGAAAUGUAUAGCAGCGGUGAAAAACUAUUUGGACUACCUAUAACUGAAUACCCACUAUUGCAUCAGCGUAAACGUGAAUUCAACUAUUUGAAUCGAUUGUACUCGUUGUAUAUUCAAGUUCUAAAGACGAUUUCUGAUUACUAUGAAUUGCCUUGGUCUGAAGUGGAUAUUGAAAAAAUAAGUGCGGAAUUAGCAGAUUUUCAAGUCAGAUGCCGUAAGCUGCCAAAGGGUAUGCAGACUUGGCCGGCUUAUAUAGAUUUAAAAACAAAAAUUGAUGAUUUCAAUGAAACUUGCCCGCUGCUUGAGUUAAUGACUAAUAAAGCUAUGAAAGAACGUCACUGGACGCGAUUAAAUGCUUUACUUAAAACUGACUUUGAUCCUACUAGCUCGAAGUUUACAUUGGGUAAACUUUUGGAAGCGCCUAUCCUGAAACACAAAGAUGAUGUCGAAGAUAUUUGCGUUGGCGCGUCCAAAGAAUUAGAUAUUGAAGCUAAACUUAAACAGAUUGUGAGCGAUUGGUCUACUGUUAACUUGCAAUUGGGCAUGUUUAAGACUCGUGGUGAAUUGGUGCUUAAAGGUCAAGAAACUUUGGAAAUUAUAGCAGCACUUGAGGAUAGCUUGAUGAUUAUUAAUUCCUUAGCUUCGAAUCGGUAUAAUGCACCUUUCAAAAAAGAAAUUCAUACAUGGUUAAAGAAAUUAGUGAACACAGGUGAAAUUUUAGAAAAGUGGUUAAUUGUACAGAAUUUGUGGAUGUACCUGGAAGCAGUUUUUGUGGGUGGCGAUAUUUCAAAACAAUUGCCACAGGAAGCUAAACGUUUUACGAAUAUUGAUAAGAACUAUGUCAAAAUAAUGUAUCGUGUACGAGAAAUACCAAAUGCAGUCGAAUGUUGUACAGGCGAUGAAAGUUUGGCGCAAAUGUUAACAUGGCUUUUAGAUCAGUUGGAAACUUGUCAGAAAUCUUUAACUGGUUAUUUGGAAUCGAAACGUUUGCUUUUCCCCAGAUUCUUCUUUGUUUCUGAUCCUGUAUUACUUGAGAUUUUAGGACAAGCUUCAGACCCUACAAGUAUACAACCGCAUUUACUUAGUAUAUUUGAUGCAAUAGCUUAUGUUGAUUUCCAAGAGAAAACUAAUGAUGUUAUAAUUGCGCUUAAUUCAAUGAAUCAUGAGAAAGUGCCUCUAGAAAACGCGGUUCAGUGUACAGGAAGUGUUGAAAUCUGGCUGGGUAGAUUACUUAAAGAGAUGCAAGACACAAUGAGAACAACACUUGCUGGUAUGGCAGCCAAUUUAAAUGAUCCGGACUUUAAUUUUGUAGAAGAAUUUCCUUCAUUCUGCGGACAAGCUGGAUUACUAGGAGUGCAACUUUUAUGGACUCGUGAAUCAGAGUUUGCAUUAAGAAAGUGUCGAACUGAUAAAACUAUAAUGAAACGCACAAACAAUAAAUUUUUAGCUUUAUUGAAUCAUUUCAUUGAUCUCACUGUCAAGGAUUUAUCUUCAUUGGAUCGUAUUCGAUUUGAAACUAUGGUUACAAUACACGUACAUCAAAGAGAUAUCUUUGAUGACUUAUGUACUAUGCGUAUUAAAAAUACUGGUGAUUUCGAAUGGCAAAAACAAGCUCGUUUCUAUUAUCACGAGGAUAAUGAUGACAUAAUCGUUGGAAUAACGGAUGUUAACUUCAUUUACCAAAAUGAAUACCUUGGUGUCACAGAACGUUUGGCUAUAACACCAUUAACAGAUCGUUGCUAUAUUACGCUCGCACAAGCUAUAGGUAUGUCAAUGGGAGGAGCUCCUGCGGGUCCAGCCGGUACUGGUAAAACUGAGACCACUAAGGAUAUGGGGCGCGCUUUAGGUAAACUAGUUGUUGUGUUUAAUUGUUCUGAUCAAAUGGAUUUCCGCGGUUUGGGUCGUAUAUAUAAAGGAUUGGCACAAUCUGGUUCUUGGGGCUGUUUUGAUGAGUUCAAUCGUAUUGAAUUGCCAGUAUUAUCUGUCGCAGCACAACAAAUUUAUAUUGUUUUAACUGCAAGAAAGGAAAAACGUACUUCAUUUAUCUUUAGUGAUGGUGAUAUUGUUUCAUUGAAUUCAGAAUUUGGUCUGUUCAUUACCAUGAAUCCUGGUUAUGCUGGUCGUCAGGAAUUGCCUGAAAAUUUGAAGAUUAUGUUUCGUACAGUAGCUAUGAUGGUACCUGAUCGCGCUAUUAUUAUACGCGUAAAGCUAGCCAGUUGCGGAUUCAAAGAAAAUUUGGUUUUGUCACGUAAAUUCUUUACAUUAUAUAAACUUUGCGAAGAGCAACUUUCAAAACAAGUGCAUUACGAUUUUGGUUUGAGAAAUAUUCUAUCAGUGCUGCGUACUUUAGGCGCACAGAAGCGUUCAAAUCCGGGUGAUACCGAAGAAACCAUAGUGAUGAGAGUAUUGCGAGAUAUGAAUGUCUCUAAGCUGAUUGAUGAAGAUGAAGGACUAUUCUUGUCACUGAUAGAAGACAUGUUUCCAGGAAUUAAGCUUACUACAGCAUCGUAUAAGGAUCUACAACGUGCACUUGUUGAAGUAGUCGAUGAUUUUGGCUACGUCAAUAAUCCUGAAUGGAACCUAAAGGUUGUACAAUUAUAUGAAACUUCAUUGGUACGGCAUGGACUUAUGUUAAUGGGACCAACAGGAUCAGGUAAAACGAGUUGUACACAUGCUAUGCUAAAAUGCUUCACGAUUAUGGGUACGCCACAUAGGGAAAUGCGAAUGAAUCCAAAGGCUAUUACUGCACCUCAAAUGUUUGGACGUUUAGAUGUUGCUACAAAUGAUUGGACUGAUGGUAUAUUUUCUACAUUAUGGCGUCGUACAUUGAAAAUUCCAAAGACUCAACAUUGUUGGAUUGUUUUGGAUGGACCAGUCGAUGCGGUUUGGAUUGAAAACUUGAACUCUGUACUUGAUGACAACAAGACACUGACAUUAGCUAACGGCGAUCGUAUUAAAAUGGCAGAUAAUUCUAAAUUAGUUUUUGAGCCAGAUAAUGUCGACAAUGCUUCACCAGCUACUGUUAGUAGAGUCGGUAUGGUAUUUUUGAGUUCAUCAGUAUUAAAAUGGGUUGUAUACAUGGAGGCUUGGGUCAAAAAACAGUCUGAUAAGGAACAAGAUGUUUUCCGGCGCUGUUUUAAUGCAAUUUAUGAUGAUGCGCACUUGUUUCUACAAACUAAAUUGGUAGCAAAAAUGAAAGUUCUUGAAGCUAUUUACAUAAAACAAAUGCUAGAAAUAUUGGAUGGUUUAUUGCAUGAGUAUUCAACCAGAACUGACUUAUUUUUAGAACGAUUGUUUCUCUUUGCAAUGAUGUGGAGCUUAGGAUCCGUACUGGAAAUCAGUGAAAGAGAAAAGUUAGAGGAAUUCGUGGUUAAACAUCCUUCCAAACUAAAAUGGCCCAAAAGACAACCCAAUGAAACAAUAUUUGAAUUUUAUGUUGAUGAAUCAGGAAUUUGGCAACAUUGGAAUAAUCGAGUGGAAGACUUUCAGUAUCCUGAUGAUAGUGUGCCAGAAUUUUCAUCAAUUUUGGUACCCAAUGUCGACAAUGUGCGCACUGCAUUUUUAUUGCAUAACAUAGCUAAGCAAAAGAAGCAAGUACUAUUAAUUGGUGAACAAGGAACUGCAAAAACUGUGAUGAUUAAAAGCUACAUGUCCUUAUAUGAUCCUGAGGAGCACUUAUUUAAAUCCUUUAAUUUUUCCUCUGCUACAACACCGAAUAUGUUUCAGCGUAUUAUUGAAUCUUAUGUUGAGAAACGUGUUGGAACCACUUAUGGUCCUCCUGGUCAGCGUGCAAUGACGGUAUUCGUAGACGAUAUCAACAUGCCUGUAAUUAACGAAUGGGGAGAUCAAAUUACAAAUGAAAUAGUACGGCAGAUGAUUGAACAACAUGGUUUUUAUUCCCUCGAAAAACCAGGUGAUUUUUACACAAUUAUGGAUAUACAAAUGUUGGCUGCUAUGAUCCACCCUGGUGGUGGUCGUAACGAUAUACCAAAUCGCUUAAAACGUCAUUUAGCUAUUUUUAAUUGCACUUUACCUAGUAAUAAUUCCAUGGAUCAAAUAUUUAAUAAAAUUGGUCAAGGUUACUUCUGUUCAACACGUUUCAAUAUGGAGAUUGUAUCAGUUGUACCUCUUUUGAUACCCUUAACACGUUCAUUCUGGCAAAAUGUUAAAAUCAAAAUGUUACCCACACCGGCCAAUUUCCAUUACGUUUUUAAUUUACGAGAUUUAUCACGUAUUUGGGAAGGAAUUCUGAAAGUGAAGACCGAGGAAUGUCAAAAUGUUAGUGAUCUCAUAAAAUUGUGGUGCCAUGAAUGUACACGUGUCAUAGCUGAUCGAUUUACUGAUUAUAAGGAUACGAAAUGGUUUUUGGAGCGUAUGGAAAAGGAUGCUCAAAAGUUUUUGGGUACACACUUUGAAUUAUAUCCAGAAGAACAAACGUAUUUUGUUGAUUUUCUACGUGAUCCACCAGAGGGUGUUGAAGAUGAUGAAGAAAUUUCAAUGGAUGCACCAAAAAUAUAUGAAGAAAUUCCAAGUUUCGAUUUUGUGAAACAAAAAGUCGCAUUUUAUAUGGGACAAUUUAAUGAAUAUGUGCGUGGUUUUCAUAUGGACUUAGUGUUUUUCCAAGAUGCUUUAAUACAUUUGAUUAUUGUUUCCAGAAUAAUAAGUAUGCCCAGAGGUAAUGCAUUACUGGUGGGAGUAGGUGGUUCUGGAAAGCAAAGUUUGACUCGUUUAGCUUCGUUUAUAGCUAACUACAAAUUCUUCCAGAUAACACUAACCCGUGCUUACAAUGCAGGUAACUUAGUGGAUGAUCUAAAAUAUUUAUAUCGCACUUCCGGGCUAGAAGGCAGGGGUAUAACUUUCAUUUUCACUGAUAAUGAAAUCAAGGAUGAGGGCUUUUUGGAAUUUAUCAAUAACAUAUUAAGUUCGGGAGAAAUUGCAAAUUUAUUUGCUAAAGAUGAAAUUGAUGAAAUAUAUGCUGAGAUUACACCUAUAAUGAAAAAAGUUUCACCGAAACGUAUACCCACACAAGACAACUUGUAUGACUUUUUCCUUUCCCGCGCACGUUCCAAUUUACAUAUAGCCUUAUGCUUUUCACCGAUUGGUGAAAAGUUUCGUACUCGCUCAUUAAAGUUCCCUGGUCUUAUAUCAGGCUGCGUUAUAGAUUGGUUCCAAAAAUGGCCAGAAGAUGCACGAGUUGCCGUAUCACGGCAUUAUCUCAAAGAUUAUGAAAUUGUCUGUUCUGAUGAGGUUAAGGAAAGUGUUAUCGAUAUAAUGAGCUGGGUACACAACACAGUAUCAGAAGCAUGCACAUCGUAUUUCGAUCGUUUCAGACGUACUACAUUUGUUACACCGAAGUCUUUGAUUUCAUUCUUAGGCAGCUACAAAAAGUUAUAUAAAGACAAGCAAGUGAACAUUAUUGUGAUGUCUGAUCGUAUGAGUUCCGGCUUAGAUAAAUUGGAUGAAGCUGGUGCCUCAGUUUCAAUAUUGAAAAAAGAAUUGAUUGAGAAGAAUAAAAAUAUUGCUAUAGCUUCUGCUGAGGCUGAGGAAAUUCUACAAGUCGUAACUGAAGCAGCAGCUGCAACAGAAGUUGUAAAAGUGCAGGUUGCCGAAAAGAAGGCGCAAGCAGCAGAGUUGGUAAAACUUAUUUCUGCUGAUAAAGCAGUUGCAGAGCAGAAAUUAGAGAAAGCAAAGCCAGCAUUAGAAGAAGCUGAGGCCGCGCUUAAGACAAUUAAAGCUGCCGAUAUUGCAACUGUGCGUAAAUUGGGCAAACCUCCAUUUUUGAUUACUCUUAUCAUGGAUUGUGUAUUGAUUCUUUUCCGCAAACGUGUGAAGCCUACAAAACCAGAUCUCGAAAGAAACUUUUUGCAAAGCUCCUGGGAGGAGUCUUUGAAAGUGAUGUCUGAUAUAAACUUUUUAAAGAAAAUUGUAGAAUAUCCCACAGAUAUAAUUGAUGCAGAAAUGGUUGAUUUACUACAGCCAUAUUUUAAUUUCAACUUAUAUACAUUUGAGGCUGCAAAAGCUGCUUGCGGUAAUGUUGCCGGACUGCUGUCUUGGACUAUUGCCAUGGCAAAGUAUUUUGACGUUAAUAGAGAAGUUUUACCGCUAAAAGCUAACUUAGCAGUUCAAGCUGCGAAAUAUAAGAAAGCAACUGAAAGUUUGAAAGAAGCUGAAGAUUUGUACGAGAUAAAGGAAAAAGAAAUGGAAGCAGUAACAAGAGAAUUCAAUGAAGCAAUGGACAAAAAAAAUACCGUAUUGGAGGAUGCUAGAAAGUGCCAAGAUAAAAUGGAUAAAGCGACUGCAUUGAUUACAGGUUUGGCUGGAGAAAAGACUCGUUGGACUGAGCAAAUUGCACAAUUUAAGAGCGAAACCGAACGUCUGGUUGGCGAUUCACUGUAUCUCACCGCAUUUUUAUCAUAUUCAGGACCCUUUAAUCAAUCAUAUCGUGUCGAUUUACAAUCUUCAUGGCUGUCAGAAAUCCAGCGGCGAUCUAUACCGAUUUCGUCAAAUAUUAACAUAAUUGAAAGUUUGACUGAUCGGUCGCAAAUUGGAGAAUGGAAUUUGCAAGGUCUACCCACAGAUGAACUAUCAAUUCAGAAUGGUAUCAUUGCUACUAAAGCUGUACGCUUUCCUCUGUUAAUUGAUCCACAGUCUCAAGGUAAGGCUUGGAUCAAAAACAAAGAGAAAGAAAACCAGUUGACUGUCACAUCAUUAAAUCACAAAUAUUUCCGUAACCAUAUUGAAGAUGCAAUAAGUUUAGGUAUGCCAGUAAUAAUUGAAGAUGUUGGCGAAGAGUUAGAUCCAUGUUUAGAUAAUAUUUUGGAUCGCAAUUUACUUAAAGUUGGUACAAAAUAUAAAGUAAAGGUCGGUGACAAGGAGGUCGAUUUCAAUGACCAGUUUAGAUGUUAUAUAACUACUAAAUUACCAAAUCCCGCCUACACGCCAGAGGUGUUUGCGCGUACUUCUAUCAUUGAUUUCACUGUAACUAUGAAAGGUUUAGAAGAUCAGUUACUAGGUCGUGUAAUUCUAACAGAACGAAAGGAAUUAGAAGAGGAGCGUACAAGUUUAGUUGAAACUGUUACUAGUAAUACUAAAAAAAUGAAAGAAUUGGAAGCAAAUCUUUUGCAUAAGCUCUCAACUACACAAGGAAGUCUACUUGAUGAUGUCACCGUUAUUGAAGUGUUAAAUACUAGUAAAAACACAUCCAUUGAAGUUAAGGAAAAAAUUGAAAUAGCAAAGAUUACAGAGGCAAAAAUUAAUGUAGCACGUGAAGAAUAUCGUCCAGUUGCCACUAGAGGCAGUGUACUAUAUUUCUUAGUAUGCACAAUGGCGAUGGUAAACUGCAUGUACCAAACAUCAUUGGUACAAUUCUUGGAACGUUUCGAUGCCUCUAUGCAUAACUCAGCAAAAACACAUAUAACCCAAAAGCGUAUCAAACGAAUUAUUUCUUAUUUAACCUUUGAGAUAUAUCGCUACAAAUCUCGUGGUCUCUAUGAGCAGCAUAAAUACCUUUUUGUUUUACUAAUGGCCUUGAAUAUUGAUCGCCAAAUGGAUUUAGUAUCGUACGAUGAGUUUCAGAUAUUCAUUAAAGGUGGAGCUGCUUUGAAUCUCAAUGAUUGUCCACCGGUGCCUCAUCGUUGGAUAACCGACGAGACUUGGCUUAAUUUAGUACAGCUAACUAAAUUGAAUAUAUUUGCACAUAUUGUAACUAAGGUAAGCAAUAACGAAAGACCUUGGUUCAUUUGGUAUAAAAAAGAAAGUCCUGAAAGUGAAAUAAUUCCAGACGGUUAUAAUUCUUUAGAUCCAUUUAGAAAAUUGUUACUUAUACGAUCGUGGUGCACAGAUCGAACCAUUUCGCAAAGUCGAAAGUAUAUAGCAAAUUCGCUCGGAGAACGAUUUGCAGAGCCAGUUGUGCUUAAUUUUGAUGAAUUAUUGUCAGAAAGUAAGCCAUUGUCUCCUCUUGUAUGCUUCUUGUCUAUGGGUUCUGACCCAUCUUCGAAUAUCGAAGCUCUGGCAAAGAAAAAUGAAUUAAAAUGUUAUCCAAUUUCAAUGGGUCAAGGGCAAGAAGUACAUGCCAGAAAAUUGGUAGCUAACUGCAUAGAAGCCGGUGGUUGGGUUUUAUUGCAAAAUUGUCACUUGGGAUUAGAGUAUAUGAACGAGUUAACAUUAUUGCUAUUAGAGCUUGAAAGAGCUGGACCCAAAAGCUGCAACGAGAACUUCCGCGUGUGGAUAACCACAGAGCCACACAUUAAAUUUUCCAUAAGUUUGUUGCAAUUGUCAAUUAAAUUCACUAAUGAGCCACCCGCUGGAAUGCGUGCUGGUCUUAAACGUACCUACAGUAACAUGUCACAGGACUUUUUAGAUUAUUCGCAAUCUCCCUAUUAUCAUCCAUUAGUCUUUGCGAUAUCCUUUUUGCAUUCUGUAGUACAGGAGCGCAGAAAGUUUGGCCCAUUAGGCUGGAACAUUCCAUAUGAAUUUAAUUUUGCUGACUGGUAUGCCAGCUGCUUAUUUGUACAAAAUCAUUUGGAUGACUUGGAACCAGGUAAAGGCAUAAGCUGGAGUACGGUACGUUAUAUGCUUGGUGAAGUGCAGUAUGGCGGACGUGUAACUGAUGAUUACGACAAGCGGCUACUAAAUACUUUUGGGCGUUGGUGGUUUCAUGAUAGAAUGUUUUUAGAAACUUUUGAAUUCUUUAAAGGCUAUAAGAUAUUUAGUUUCAAGGAAAUUGAAACCUAUUUAAUGGCGAUUGAAGCAAUGCCGACAAUAGAUCCACCACAAGUAUAUGGUUUCCACUCAAAUGCUGAUAUCACAUAUCAAACGAACACCACUAGAAGCAUUUUAGAUACUGUAUUGUCUAUACAGCCAAAAGAGUCUUCUGCUGGAACUGGUGAGACGCGUGAGGAUAAAGUCGCACGAUCUGUUAAAGAAAUGCAAAGCAAAAUGCCUAUGCCUUAUGACCUUUUUGAAGUGAAAGAAAGACUCAAAAUGAUGGGUGCAACGAGCUCAAUGAACAUAUUUUUAAGACAAGAAAUUGAUCGUAUGCAAAAGAUAAUUAUACUCGUACGUACUACACUUAAGGAUUUGAUCCUAGCUAUUCAAGGUACCAUUAUCAUGAGCGAUCAGUUGCGUGAUGCACUCGAUAAUAUUUUUAAUGCACGUGUGCCAGCUAUGUGGAAACGUGGUAGUUGGCUCUCAUCUAGUUUGGGCUUUUGGUUUACUGAAUUAUUGGAACGUAACCAGCAGUUCUAUAGCUGGGCCUUUAAUGAUCGACCUAUUGUUUUUUGGAUGUCUGGUUUUUUUAAUCCACAAGGUUUUCUAACUGCCAUGAAACAAGAAGUAGCACGCGCUCAUCAAGGUUGGCCUCUAGAUCAAGUAACUAUGCAUAAUGAAGUUCUAAAAGUAAACCCAGAAGAAUGUCUAAAACCACCUAAAGAGGGAGUUUUUGUGCAUGGACUUUAUGUGGAUGGUGCUGGUUGGGAUCGAAAAACUUCACGUUUAGUUGAAGCAACUAAUAAAGUUAUUUUUGUAUUGAUGCCUGUCGUACAUAUUUUAGCUAUCAAUUCUACAGCUCCUAAAAAUUCAAAAUUGUAUACGUGUCCGGUUUAUAAAAAAAUGAAUAGAACUGAUUUAAAUUAUAUUGCUCCACUUUGGCUAAAUUCUCUAAAACCUCCAGAUCAUUGGAUUAUACGUGGAGUAGCUUUAUUAUGCGAUAUUAAAUAA